AAAAAAAAAAAUUAGGAAAAAAAAAAAAAAAGAAAAUUAUGAACAUAAAACUACAUUUUUUAUUCAUCUUACUCUUCAUAUCGUGUUUUAUACCAAAACUAAUAUUAUCAUUAAAUACAAACAUAAUAUCAAUAACUGAUACGACCUCAUUAAACGAAAGAGUGAUUCAAUCAAAGAUUUAUUCGGAUAAUACUAUAUUAUUAAGAUUGAUCAAUGUAACGACAACUGGAUGUUCGGAGAAUCAGGUUUUUUUAAGAAUAAUUAAUCCGGAUGGAACAUUCAAUAAUAAUGUAGUGAUUAGAGAUGAUAGAAUACUUAAUGAUAAUUUUUGUAUACCAUCAACAAAUCAUUUUGUUGAAGGUGGUAUACCUUUAGAUGGUAUAAGAAUUUAUGCUUUACAACAAAAAUUAAUUUUAUUAACAUAUUUUUGUAAAUUAGAACAAGGAUCAAAUGUUGCGGGAUUAUGUGGAAUGAUAAUUAAUUGGAAUAAUACUAUUCAAGAUCAAUUCGAUUUUGAACAUUCUUGUACAGAUUCUUCUAUUGUAAUACAAAAUAUUAUUAAUAAUAAUGGUGAUGGAGAAUUUUUAUUGGCGUGUUAUUUAAAUGAUUUUAAUCAAGGAUUAAUAAUAAAUUGGUCUAGAUAUACUGUUGAUAGUAAAAAUGGAACAAUAAAUAUAAAAGAUCAUGGUACAAUAAAUAAUAUAAAUACUUCUUCACAAAAUUUUAGAAAUUUAUUUCCAACUGAAGAUGGAGGUUACGGUAUUUUAACUUAUAAUUCUGAUAAAUUAGCCAUAUUCCUUUAUUUAAUACCUCCUUUACCUCCAUUAUUUCAUUCUUCUUCUUCUUCUUCUUUCACUAAAAUUAGAGGUCCUUUUCAAUUAUAUAAACCAACUCAAAGUUUUACUACUUUAAAUAUUUUAAAUAUUCUUAAAUGUGGAAUCUCUUUUGUGGAAUUUGGUUAUAAUUGUUUAAUUUAUCUUAAUGAUUUUAAUAUCCUUGUUAAUAUUGAUUUCUUAGAUUCUGGAAGUAUUAUAUCCACUAAUGAAUUUAUAAUAUUUAAUCCUACUUCUCUUCCUACUGUUAAUAUUAUUAAUGUUGAUUCUUUAUAUUAUGGUGGUUAUAUAAUAUUAAUUCAAAAUCCUGAUAAUAAUAAUAAUGUUUUGGGUUUAAUUUAUAGUAAUAAUGGUGUUUUAUUUACUGAUCCUGGUGGUAAUAAUUGGCAAAUGCCUAUUACAACUAAUGAUGGUAUUAGUUUAUCUUAUACUGGUAAUUUGGGUGUAUUUACUGAUAAUAUUAUUUGGUCUAUAGCUAAUACUAUACAAGGUUUAAAAUUAAUUACGAAUGAUUUAUUAUCAAAUUAUUCUUCUAUUAUUAAUGGUAAUUCAAAAAAUAAUUUAUUGAUCUUUGGAAAUUCUUUUAUUGAUUCUGUUAAUCCUAUAAUUGGUAGUAUGAUUAAUACUACUCCUGGUCCUAUUAAUAUAUCAAUCACUUUUUCAAAUUUAAUUGAAUUAUCAAAUGGUAAUAUUAGUAUUUGGCAAACUUCUAAUAGUGGUGAUCAUAAUCAAGAUAUUUUAAGACAAUCUUUUUCUGGUGAUCAAUUACAAUACGUUAGUAUAGAUAAUGAAAAUAGAACUGUUACUAUAUCAGUAUUUGAAUCUACUUUUAAUAUGCCUGGUCAACAAUAUUAUGUUAAAGUUGAUAAUGGUUUCGUAAAAGAUUUACGUACUGGUCAAGAUUUACUUGGUAUAAGAGAAAAUCGUUGGAAUUUUAAUACAAGUAUAACCACUCAAGAUAUAAGUACAGGAUCUUCUAGUUCUAUAGUUCGAUUAACACCUGAAGGAACAAAAUAUUUUAAUUCUUUAUCAAAUUCAAAAAAGGAACAAUUUUCAAAAGAAAUGAGUGAAGAAUUAUCAAAAAUUAUACCAGUAGAUCCAAUAAGAUUAUCUACUUCGAAACAUUUUCAAUUUGAUCCAAAUACUGAAUCAGAUCAAUUAUUAUUUCGUAUGGAUGUUAAAGGUCCAAAUAAUGAAUUAAUAGGUGUUGAUAGUAGUAUAAAUAGUGAAAGGAUUGCAAGAGAUUUAAAUAUAUUAAUUAGAAAUAAAGAUUUUACAGGUAUUAGUAAAGGUGAUUGUUCUAGUAUGUUGGAUAGUACAUUUGGUGGUAUAUCAACUCCUGAUUUAUGGGAUAGAUAUCGAUUUAUAUUAAUAGGAGUGGGUGUUGGUUUGGCUAUAUUAAUUUUAUUAUUCUACUUGGCGAAUAAAUCCGAAAAAGGACGUAAUUACGUUGUAUUUAUGUUUACAAUAAUAUUGGUUGAUUUUGGAUUAGAUAUAGCAUUUAUAAUAGUACAUGGUCAUGAUUUAAAAGGAUUAUAUCCCGCAACUGUCGUAAUAUUAUCAUUCCCAAUACUGAUAAAUUUAAUAGCUACCUUUAUGAUUGUAACCAGAGAAUUAAAAGAAAUCAAACCACCAGAAAAUAAUAAUAAUAAUAGAACAGUUCAAGGAUCACCACCAGAGAAAGAUAAGAAUUUUGAAUUUAGAGAAUGGUGGAAAAAUCAUGCAAAAACUGCAUUAUUUUUUGUUUUAUUUUCAAGUAUUGAUAUUGAAGGAUUAAAUAUAUUAAGUUCGGGAUAUUCUGGUUAUAAACGUUUUGAUGCUCCUAUAUCAGAUGAAUCUGCUAAAAUAAUUUUAAUCAUUAAUGGUGUUGUUAAAUUUCUUGAAGAUAUUCCUCAAUUUAUAAUAUAUGUUAUAUAUCUUGUUUAUACCGUAAUACCAGCGAUAAUACCAAUAAUAGCCAUAUCAACUUGUAGUGUUGUGAUAGUUUUAAAAUCAACAGCUAUAUUGGGUUAUGGAAUAUUUUGUCCACCUCCAAGAUCAUAUUAUAGGGUACAAAAGAUUAAAAAGGAUAAAGAGUUGGAAGAUUUAUCAAAAAAUGGAAAAUAUGAACCACGUCCACAACAUCCAACACCGCCACCUUCACCUUUUAUUACAAGUAAACGACCUACUUCCGUUAACGGUUCUUUAUCACAUGAUGUUAUUAAAAAAACAAUGUUUGGAAGAGAUGAUAUUGAUAUUGAAUUUCAAGAAAUUCCCAUUAAACAUCCUAUUGUUAUAGAACCUGAAGGUGGAAGGCCUGAAGCAACAACUAGAUUAUCAGAAAUUGGUAUUGUCGGAUCUAUUGGUGAAUAUCCUAUAAUAAGUGAUAAUUCAGGACAAAAUCAAGAAGAGAUGGAAGUAAUAGAUUCUGGCGUAGCCGGUGGUGAAGGUUCUUCAAGUGGUUAUCAAACAAGGAUGUUUGAACAAUUUGGUAUAGAUAUACCAUCACAGCAACAGCAACAGCAACAGCAACAGCAACAGCAACAACAACAACAACAACAACAAGAACCUCCUUCUCCUCAAUCUACUUCUUCAAUAAGGAGUAUUGUUAGUGGUGCUGUUAGAAGUAUUAGUGGUAGUAUUGGUCGUGGUAGUAGAAGAAAAGGUAGCCAGGGAAGCAAAAAGGGUAAAGGAAGAGACGAUGAUGAUCAAGAAAGAAAGGAUGAUAGUUAAAAAUAAACGAACUUUUUAGUAGAGUACAUAGUUUAAUUUAUUUAGAUUUUUAGUUUAAUAUAUAAAGAUAUGCAUACAAGUAUACAUCACUUUUAUAAAAAAAAAACACAAAAUCAUCCUUUUUUUUUUAAGUUUAUAUGGGUUUUAAUAAUAUGUUUUAGUUAUAUAGUAAUUAUGGU